GCAAAAUAACCACCAUGGGGUGGGGAAAUGAGAGCUUCCACUUCGAAUUCAUCCUUCUUGGAAUUUUUGAUCACAGCCCCACCCAUACCUUUCUCUUCUCUCUGGUCCUGGCCAUCUCCGCAGUGGCAUUCAUGGAAAACACUGCAAUGGUUCUUAUCAUCUACUUGGACCCCCAGCUUCACACCCCCAUGUACUUCCUCCUCAGCCAACUCUCUCUCAUGGACCUAAUGCUCGUUUGCACCACGGUACCCAAGAUGGCCUUCAACUACUUAUCUGGCAGGAAAUUUAUCUCUCUGGAAGGCUGUGGAACUCAGAUACUUUUCUAUGUGUCCCUUCUUGGAGCUGAAUGCUUCCUACUGGCUGUCAUGGCCUAUGACCGCUAUGUGGCUAUAUGCCACCCUCUUCGAUACACUAUCCUCAUGAAUCAGAAACUCUGCAUGCUCUUGACUGUUGCUUCCUGGAUUCUAGGCUCUCUUGAUGGCAUCAUUGUGCUUGCAGCUGCCCUGUCUUUCCCUUACUGUCACUCUCUGGAAAUCCAUCACUUUUUCUGUGAUGUUGCUGCCCUUCUGCCACUAUCUUGUACAGACACCUCCGCAUUUGAAAGACUUCUUUUCAUCUGCUGUGUAGUGAUGCUAAUCUUGCCAGUUUCAGUUAUCAUCAUUUCCUAUUCCUGUGUCCUCCAAGCUGUCAUCCACAUGGGCUCUGGGGAAAGUCGCCACAAGUCUUUCACCACCUGCUCCUCUCACCUGUCUGUGGUUGGACUCUACUAUGGUGCCGUCAUGUUCAUGUACAUGAGACCAGCGCCCAACCAUACACCAAACCAGAAUAAGAUGGUGUCAGCCUUCUACACCAUCCUCACUCCUAUGCUGAACCCCCUCAUUUACAGCCUCCGCAACAAAGAGGUAUCCCGGGGACUUAAGAAGUUAUGGGGGAAAGGAAACUUAACAUAACUUUUUAAACAUCUUUUAAGUACCUGCUCUGGUCAACAUUCCAGAAACUGAAAUUAUUUGCAUUAUUCUAUUCCUGCUAGUUUAUCUUUUUUCUCCACUUUUUCAAGUUUAAAAUAUCUUUAUUUAGUAUAAUGCUAUAUAAAUGACAAGUGUAAAGUGAGCUGGUUUUGGACAUCAGCACUGGCUGCUCCACCUCUGGGAAUUUCUCUUAUGUCAUUAGCUGUUAGCUAUGAGUGCAACCUGGUCUUAGGAUGCUUGCUUUCAAGUCAGGUUUAACUCUGAGAAUUCUUUGCUGCAUCCAAGAAUAAGGGUUGGAGUCGAUUCACUCCUUUCGGUGAGAAUCUUCUUUGUUCGUUAAUUGCUUACUUGCCAGUAAAACCAAAAAAACGAAACCCACU